CCAGUUUCCUGGGAUCAAGCAAGAGAUGGUACAUGAGGAGGGCAUUCAGACUUGAAUCAAAUAUUACCUCAAGACCGGAAGAAUGACUAUCUUUGCAUCCGAUCUAGAAAUGGCAAUCGCAUAUUGGAAUUUAGUCUUAUCAGGAAGGUUUAAAUUUCUAGAUCUUUGGAAUAAAUUUUUGUUGGAACACCAUAAACGAUCAAUUCCAAAAGAUACUUGGAAUCUUUUGUUAGACUUUGGAAAUAUGAUUGCAGAUGAUAUGUCCAACUAUGACGAAGAAGGAGCGUGGCCUGUUCUUAUAGAUGAUUUUGUGGAAUAUGCACGACCAGUAGUCACAGGAGGAAAACGUAAAUCUUCCUAACCCCGGACUUGUCAAUAUGGACUAAACGUGUGCUCUGAACUGCAUUAGGUAAUGAAGAUUUGGUGACUGAUAACUGUGCGCGUUGUUGCUGGUUUCAGCGGACAUGAUGAGAUUCUGCAGACAAAAAUUAAAUUCUUCCUUUCUGCCUGAAGAAAGUGAUGGCUGACUUGUGGACACUUUGAGAACAAACUCAGAAGAUAGUCCAAGCUGUUUGUAGGCUAUUGGCUUCAAUUAUUGUACUGGUUGUAUCAUAUAGGAUCUAGAUUUUGCAUGAUUUUAUACUUUGGAGAAGUUUAACUAGAGGCCGUUUUAUUAAAGUUUUGACAGCACAGCAUGCCAUUCAGUUCAUGAUCCAAAGUGAACACCAGCAGUUACAUAAAUAAAACUGUAUUAUAUUGUACUUAUAUUAAAAGCAGUAUUUGUGGUAUAUAAAUUAAAUCCCUAAAUAAAACUUA